UUAUAUAUUAUAUAUUAUAUAUUAUUACAUUCAAGCAUGUAAGCGUAGAGUUUAAAAACGAGCGGAUCUGAACUAGAAAUAUGUUGAUUUUUUUAACGUGGCGCAGGCGAGGUAAUGUUUAACCAGGUAUCUGCUAGCAGAGAUUAGCAGUUAGCAUACUAGACAGAAGCUAUUAUUAUUAGCUAUUAUUAGUUUCAGUGUUUGAAAAUGGACAAAUUUAUAGUGCAGCUACCAAAGGGCGAAACAUUCAAACAAUCAAAAAGCGAAGAGAAGGUUUACAGGCAAACUACCAUCGAAUCCUUACGGAGGGUGGUUGUGAUUGAGGACAUCUUGCGCUACAAGUCAAUGCUGGAGCUGCCAGAACAGAGCAAAGACAACCUGCUGAGUGCCCUGACAGAGCUGAGCAAAAAGAUCCCAUCCAGAGAGGUGCUGAAGUCCACUAAAAUAGGUCACACUGUCAACAAAAUGCGAAAACAUCUGGAUCCCGAGGUGAGUUCGAUGGCAGCAAAGGUUUACACCGAUUGGAGGAGUUUUAUUGAGGAGAAUUCCAACAAACCAUCAAUUGAAGUACGCUCCGACAAGCAAUCUGAAGAACUCAGGAGCAACGCACGAAGACUGCUGUCUAAUGCACUGGAGGUCAAGGAGGAUUCUGGUCUCAUAGACAACAUCGAGCGAGAGGUUUUUCACCAGAGCCGCCGGCUGGUUAGCGGUUCAUACAGACGGACUGUUAGAGCGUUGGUGUUUGCCUUCAAACACAACCCUGACAUCAGAAUUCAAAUGAAGGACAGUAAAAUGUCAGUCCCUGAACUGGUUUCUAAAUACAAAAAAUAACUCAAGAAUGCAAAACAAAUUGAACCCUCAAACUGCAUAGUUUUUAAUGCAUUCACAUUUUUUUAAUAUAUAUUUUUAUUGUUAUCACUUCAUUUUUUGCCUUUGGUAGAGACAAGAGAAAAAAAUAAACAUUUUACAAUUUGAGGCACAACAGCAGCUUUACACUUUUAUACCACCUAUUUUUUAUUAUUUUUUUAAUAAAACAGUGGUUUUAAAGGAAAAAAAAACUGUUUUCCUAUCAUUUAAAUUUAUUACGUUCUGAUGUAAAGAAUAAGAACUUAAUUAUUAAAGUCCACUCUUUGAUAAAUAAGUUUAAAUUUUUUUUAUAAUGGUUUUAAAGUUCAGUUUUUAUCACCUAAUCAAAGCCUUCUGCACUGCAGGAAUAUUCAGCAGGUCAUACUCCUAAUCCUUAUUCACAUUUAUGUUCAAAUACAGGCCUUUAUUUAUGAAAUAGUUAACCUCCACGCAACAGUAACAUUAAAUGCUGUUAUAUUAUA